GGACUCUCAGCAUCUCUAUCUUCUCCCACACCUGGAACCUCCUGGAACAUUUUGAUUCUCUGAUCCAGAAUCUGAUCCGGGAUCCAGGAUUCAGGAUCAGACGUCUGGUUUGUUUUGACAAUGUAAAGAGUUUGACUGACCUGGAACCUGUCCGUCUGUCUCUCGUGUCUUCAGGAUGUGUCGAUGGCGUGGUGGGUGUGGCUGCUCGGGUGGCGUCCGUCCAGGCGCCAUGGAUUUCCCUGGAGGACGAGCCGAGUCCUGAUCUGACUAAUCACAUUGUAGGACUGGAGACCAUGCUGAGUGAGAUGCAGCUGAGGGUCCCGGUGGCGUUCUGGUCGGUGGAGGCGACACAGCCUGCGUGGGUGGAGGCAGGUGGAGACCUGGAUGACCUGGAGGACAACCUGGAGGACCUGAUGGAGGUGGAGGUCAUCUCCAACAACAACAGCAACAAGACGGUGGCGUGCUGCCAGCCGGCGUGCUGGGGCUGCGUCGGGUAG